UCUGGCUUCUGCGCUCCUCAGGAAGCUGAACCUGCAAACCUAGCUGAGACUGAUCCUGCAACCCUGGCCAGGAUGGAAGGAGGAAGAUGGACGGGUGACCUGGUCAGGCCCUCUCCCGCAUCCCUCCCCACAACCUCUGAGCAUUCCCUCCCAGGACCCUUGGAGAAAUCUGGUGAGGAAGAUGAUGGCCAGAAUUCUAUGGAGUCAUCUGUGAAAUCAUUGGGAAGAACAAAGAAACAGUUUAAAUGCCUGGAGUGUGGGAUGUGCUUUAGUCACAGUGGAAGACUGAGAAGACACCAACAAACUCAUACAGGGGAGAAACCAUUUGCAUGUAUUGAAUGUGGAAAGAGCUUCAGUAAAAACGGAGCACUUAGAAUACACCAACGAACUCACACAGGGGAGAAACCAUUUCAAUGUAUUGAAUGUGGAAAGAGCUUCAGUGUAAGUGGAAACCUUAGAAAACACCAAAAAACUCACACGGGGGAGAAACCAUUUGAAUGUAUUGAAUGUGGAAAGAGCUUCAUUAAAAGUGGAGCACUUAGAAGACACCAACAAACUCACACAGGGGAGAAACCAUUUCAAUGUAUUGAAUGUGGAAAGAGCUUCAGUCAAAACGGAGCACUUAGAAUACACCAACGAACUCACACAGGGGAGAAACCAUUUGCAUGUAUUGAAUGUGGAAAGUGCUUCAGUGAAAGUGGAACACUUAGAAAACACCAAAAAACUCACACGGGGGAGAAACCAUUUGAAUGUAUUGAAUGUGGAAAGUGCUUCAGUCUAAACGGAGCACUUAGAAUACACCAACGAACUCACACAGGGGAUAAACCAUUUAAAUGUAUUGAAUGUGGAAAGAGUUUCAGUGAAAGUGGAGCACUUAGAAGACACCAAAAAACUCACACGGGGGAGAAACCAUUUCAAUGUAUUGAAUGUGGAAAGAUCUUCAGUCGAUAUGAAGCACUUAGAAUACACCAACGAACUCACACAGGGGAGAAACCAUUUAAAUGUAUUGAAUGUGGAAAGAGCUUCAGUGAAAGUGGAACACUUAGAAAACACCAAAAAACUCACACGGGGGAGAAACCAUUUGAAUGUAUUGAAUGUGGAAAGAGCUUCGGUGAAAGUGGACACCUUAGAAGACACCUACAAACUCACACGGGGGAGAAACCAUUUGAAUGUAUUGAAUGUGGAAAGUGCUUCAGUCAAAACGGAGCACUUAGAAUACACCAACUAACUCACACAGGGGAGAAACCAUUUAAAUGUAUUGAAUGUGGAAAGAUCUUCAGUCGAUAUGAAACACUUAGAAUGCACCAACGAACUCACAUUGGGGAGAAACCAUUUAAAUGUAUUGAAUGUGGAAAGAGCUUCGGUGAAAGUGGACACCUUAGAAGACACCAACUAACUCACACGGGGGAGAAACCAUUUAAAUGUAUUGAAUGUGGAAAGUGCUUCAGUCUAACUGAAAGCCUUAGAAAACAUCAACGAACUCACACGGGGGAGACACCAUUUAAAUGUAUUGAAUGUGGAAAGAGCUUCAGUCAAAAUGGAACACUUAGAAGACACCAACGAACUCACACAGGAGAAACCAUUUAAAUGUACUGAAUGUGGAAAGAAUGUGGAAAGCUUCAGUCCAUAUCGACACCUUAUAAGACACCAACCUCAGCUGCAGUAGAGCACUUAGAAUACACCAACUAUUUUUUUAAAAAUAAUAUUUAUUAAAGUUUUAAAGGUUACAAAAGGAAAAAAGAGAAAACACCAAAUUAAGCAAAAAACAAGACAAUACAUCACAACAAGUAAAAACAAACA